AUCUUGCUUGUACGUACGUGGCUGGAUCUCACGCUUUUUGUGUUGCCGACACCGUCUCGUGGGAUGGCCCUCUCCGUAUCUGCAUCCUCAGCGUGAGGCCGAUCGGGAUGGACGCACACAUGCCUCGUUGUAUUGGUGGAAUGAGCCGCGUGGGAUCGAUCGUCUGGACGCAAGCCAUCUCUUGUUGCACCUCCUUGGCCGCUCUCGCAGCCCUUGAUAUGGCUGUCACGAUGGCGUACUCUGGGCACCGGCACUCGUCUUCCAAUGGUAAGUCGAAAAGUCGAGGUAAUGAGUUGUCAAUGGAACAACCAUUGCACGCAGUUCGAGCUUACGCUGGAGUAAGUAGCCUAAAUCAAUAAAGGACAUUGGUAUUCGACG